GUUAGAGACUUGACUCGAAGUUGCUCUCGCGACUCUGACUCCUCAUAUAACAUCAAAAGGGGCGGCUUUUAGUAUAAACAAAACCAAAGCCAACGCUGUGCUUAGCAAAUAUUAAAGUUUACGCUCUUUUCUUCUACUUCUCUGCUUCACUGUAGAGAAGAGGAGAGAAGAGCAUCUAAGAUCAUCUGGUAAUCUUUGUUUUUCACGAAUAUAUAUUUUUUUCUUUUAACAUACCUUUAUUCUCUCUAUUCUUUUAUUGUUGCCUUUCGAGUAUAUUUGCUUAUAUCCUUAUAAAGAUUCGUUCUUUAACCAACUUUCUAUGCACCCAUUUCAAAAAAUUCCAUUUUUUAUAAUACUUGUUUGAGCUGUUACCAUUUCUUUUUAAUCUCCAAACUGCAAAUUUAUUGUGUUCUUGAAGACUAUCUGGUUCUGGGUAUUUUAAGGAGAGUGCAAAGGUUGAACCUUUAGUAGCUAUGGAUAGAAAUAGUCUGCAAGUUGUUCAACACAGAAACCAUAGUGUGGCAUUUUGUAAUUCUGGUGUUAAGCUUGAGUUAUUUGCUCGAGAGAAUAAUAGUGUUAGGAGAGAUGUUUAUCCUGCCCGUGGUUUAUUUGCUAGUGUUAAUCAAGUAGGUAAGGGGUUUGGGAUUUCCCCAAAUCCUCCAAAUUCAUUAGAAAAUGCUACAAACGCAAAAUUUCCAGCUGCUAGUAUGCAGAUGAAAUUUGUUGUUAUUGAGCCGGCUUUUCCGGUUGAGAGGACUUCUGAGCCAGUUAUAGGUGAGGUAUUGGAAGUAGUAGGAGAGAAAGAAGUGGUGAAGAAGAAAAAGAAAGCAAGUGGAUUUAAAUGGAAAAUUAAGGUUGGAAAUCAGGCAUUGAGAAGGUUGAUCAGCGGGGGAGUUGCUGGCGCCGUUUCGCGCACUGCUGUUGCUCCCUUAGAGACAAUAAGGACCCAUUUGAUGGUGGGGAAUUGUGGACAUUCAUCAAUGGAGGUGUUUGAUAAUAUUAUGAAGAGCGAUGGCUGGAAGGGCCUGUUUAGGGGCAAUUUUGUUAAUGUUAUCCGGGUUGCACCAAGCAAAGCUAUCGAGUUAUUUGCUUAUGAUACUGUCCUGAAGCACUUGACACCUAAACCAGGGGAGCAGCCGAUUAUCCCAAUCCCUGCCUCAUCAAUAGCUGGCGCUGUAGCAGGAAUUAGUUCCACGUUGAUCACAUACCCUCUCGAGUUACUCAAAACCCGACUAACUGUGCAGAGAGGAGUGUACAACAAUUUUGUUGAUGCUUUCUUACGGAUUGUGCGAGAGGAAGGACCUGCUGAACUUUACAGAGGUCUCACCCCUAGUCUAAUAGGAGUUGUCCCCUAUGCUGCUGCCAAUUACUUUGCUUAUGAUACACUGAGGAAAGCAUACAAAAAGGCUUUCAAGAAAGAAGAAAUUGGAAAUGUCAUGACUUUACUAAUUGGAUCAGCUGCUGGUGCAUUCUCAAGUACUGCAAGUUUCCCACUUGAGGUGGCUCGGAAGCACAUGCAAGCAGGUGCUCUUAAUGGGAGACAGUACCAGAACAUGCUUCAUGCCCUCGCGAGCAUUCUUGAGAAAGAAGGACUAGGAGGUCUGUACAGAGGGUUGGGCCCAAGCUGCAUGAAAUUAGUUCCCGCGGCAGGCAUUUCUUUCAUGUGCUAUGAGGCAUGCAAGAGGAUACUGAUUGUGGAAGAGGAAGAUUCUUAACUUUUAAAAGGAGAUGCCGUAUUUUGUGAAGGUGCCCAUGUUUGUAGCUUGGGAAUGAAGAGGGAACCAUACAGUGAUAAUGAGAGUCUUAUGACAUUGACUCCGUUUGGUUUACUUAUUUUAUCUUAGUUAGGAUUUAGUUUAAAGGAUAUCUUUUGAAGAAAUGAUAUUAGUCGGUUCUUCAGCAUCUAAAAGUUCCCCGGUUCAUUCUUUUUCACAGAGCACGAGUUCAGUAUGACUUUCUUCUGAUGUAAUAAUAUAUAUACAUACAACAGAUCUUGGCGAAGAUUCAAAAUGUCUGAUUAUACUUUACACUGCUUCCUCAACCAGGGGUGGCCUUUCUUUUUCACCUUUGUUGCUCAAUAGAAUGGCCAUGACUGGAUGAAACUAAUUGGUUUCCUUUCAAGUUGGUAA